UAUGUCGGGGUGACGUCACGUGACGCCGAGUAUUCGGACGACGACUCCUGAAACUCGUGAAAACGACUUUUCCAUUAUUUUUGCACGCUCUAAUAUUUGUCUUUCUCCUAUAUCGGAAAUUUAUUUUUUGACUAUCAGCUGUCAUAUUUUUGUUUGUCGAAUUAAUAUUUUUUUCAAUCAUGUCGUAAUGAAAGUAAUUCGAUUUUCUUCAUUUUUCGAACAUUUCUGAAUUCUAUGCGAGAGGCAUCAAUUGAAAGAUAAAAAAGUGAUAUUGUGGAAGAAAGAGAUAGAAAGAGAGAGAGAGAGAGAGAGAAAGAAAAAAAGAAAAAGAAAGAGAUAGAAAAAGGUUCGAACGAAAAUGGCGCGUAGAGACGAAAGAAAAAGAAGGAUCGUACGAUAGAGAAGACUUUGGCCGAGAAGCGCAUGAACCAAAUGGUUAAGGAAUACGAUCGAGCAGGCAUAUCGUACUGGUCGACUGGUAGUCGUUCUCCGUCGAGCUUGACGAAAGCACGUGUUACUUACGUCAACGAAUCCACCAUCAGCACUAUUACCAACAAAAGCACGACUGGGAUACCAGUAAUAUCGGUUGCGAUCACGUCACUAGCAUCACUAUUAUCGCGAAGUAAAGGAUCGUAGGCACCAUUGGGCAUUCUCUCGUCCUUCAAUCCUUUAUCCCCUCCACAAUCGAAACGAUCUAGUACAUAUCUCGUGGUCCGAGAUAGAAGAGCAUCCGAAUUCAUAGUACUAUCCUUCAGUACUUCGAGUAAAGCGGUAGCAACCGUAAGAUCUUCGGUCUUUAUUAUAAUUUCCGUCUCAGGAUGUUACUCGCGUUUAUUGCAUUUUUCUUCACCAUCGUUGGUACUCGAGCCGAGAUUUUUACCAAUAGUUUCCUCGUUAAAAUGAGACAACCGGCUGAAAGAUAUUUGGCUGAUCAAGUUGCUGCUAGAAACGGAUUUGUCAAUCUUGGACCGAUCCUAGGAAGUCAAAUGGAAUAUCAUUUCGUUCACAAAGCUCUACCACAUGCACGGAGUAAAAGAUCCGCACCUCAUAUGCGACGUUUGAAGGUAGAUCCAUUGGUACAUACAGCUGUUCAACAACCUGGAUUUAAAAGAGUAAAGAGAGGUUACAACACAUUUACCACGGAUAAUAUCGCAUCUUUAUAUGUUGAUAAAAAUUCACCGAAUCCAGCAAAUAGAAAUCCAACCGAUCCUUAUUUUCAAUAUCAAUGGUAUUUAAAAAAUACUGGGCAAAAUGGAGGAAAACCUAAAUUGGAUCUCAACGUUGAAGCUGCUUGGGCACAAGGUGUUACUGGGAAAAACGUGACCACUGCUAUCAUGGACGAUGGUGUUGAUUACAUGCAUCCGGACUUGAAAUAUAACUACAACGCUAAAGCUUCUUACGAUUUUAGCAGUAACGAUCCAUUCCCAUAUCCAAGAUAUACCGACGAUUGGUUUAACAGCCAUGGCACCAGAUGUGCCGGUGAAGUAGCAGCAGCUCGAGACAAUGGGGUUUGUGGUGUCGGUGUGGCGUACGAUUCGAAAAUUGCUGGAAUACGGAUGCUGGAUCAGCCUUAUAUGACUGAUUUGAUCGAAGCAAAUAGUAUGGGUCACGAACCUGAUCUGAUCGAUAUUUAUAGUGCCUCAUGGGGUCCAACAGAUGAUGGGAAGACCGUUGAUGGUCCACGAAAUGCGACCAUGACGGCUAUCGUACGUGGAGUUAACGAGGGUAGAAAAGGUUUAGGCAAUAUUUAUGUCUGGGCUUCUGGUGAUGGUGGAGAAGAGGACGAUUGUAAUUGCGAUGGAUAUGCAGCGAGUAUGUGGACUGUGAGCAUAAACAGUGCCAUUAACGAUGGUCAAAAUGCCCAUUACGAUGAAAGUUGUUCCAGUACGUUAGCUUCGACCUUUAGUAAUGGCGCGAAAGAUCCUAAUACCGGUGUGGCUACAACCGAUCUUUAUGGAAAAUGUACGACGACUCAUAGUGGAACAUCAGCUGCGGCGCCGGAAGCUGCAGGGGUGUUUGCUUUGGCCCUCGAAGCCAAUUCACAGUUGACUUGGAGGGACAUUCAACACUUGACGGUAUUGACCUCAAAAAGGAAUUCGUUGUUCGAUGCUAAAGGAAGAUUUCAUUGGACUAUGAACGGCGUUGGAUUGGAAUUUAAUCAUCUAUUUGGUUACGGUGUUCUCGAUGCUGGUGCUAUGGUGGCUUUGGCUAAGAAAUGGAAAACUGUACCUCCUAGAUAUCAUUGCGAAGCUGGUUCUGUCAUCGAGCCACAGAAAGUUACCAGUGAACGGUCGUUUCUGUUGAAAAUCAAGACCGACGCUUGUGCUGGCACGGAAUAUGCUGUUAACUACUUAGAACACGUUCAAGCAGUUAUUUCGAUAAAUGCUACCCGUCGAGGAGAUUUAGAAUUGUUCCUAACUUCACCGAUGGGAACUAGGUCGAUGAUAUUAAGUCGCAGAAUUAAUGACGAUGAUCAUAGAGAUGGAUUUACAAAGUGGCCGUUCAUGACAACUCACACUUGGGGCGAAUAUCCUCAAGGAACUUGGUUGUUAGAGGUUAGCUUAAACUCGCAAAUACCUCAACAUGGUUGGAUCAGAGAAUGGACAUUGAUGUUACAUGGUACUAGAGAACCACCAUAUACCGGAUUACCAGCUGCAGAUCCAUAUUCAAAAUUGGCAAUCGUGAAAAAAGCUCACGAAGAACGUUCCAAUGCGAUGUAACGAUAAACGACCGACAUUUAAGAUGGAUGCUCGAAAUUAAAAAUGUUCGUGUGAAAUUUCUAUUUUCUAUUAUUUUUUUUUUUUUUUUAUCUUUUCCUUUUCGCAUUCGCGUUUUCGAGAACAUCGAGAUUAAUCUUUAUUAAUCUUACAUACUUCUCUAAAAUCUCUCUCAAAUUUGCCAGAAGAUGAAAACAAAAAAGAAAGAGAACAGCUUUUUAAAGAUUGUCUUCAAUCGCACGUACAUUUUUCGAGCUGAUGUUAGGAAAGAGUUUAAAAAAAUAAAUAGAUAAAAUAAAAUAAAAAAGAAAAAGGCGACGAAACUCGACGAACGAGGUGCAACAAAUUUAACGAAACAAAGAAUAAAUAAGAAACAGAAAAAAAAAUACAAAAAAAAAAAAAAAUUUAAUAAAAAUCCACUUAUUCAACUUACACAGUAUGGAAAAGAUUUAUGAAAUGUUAAAAACAAAAAAAAGCAACAAUAAUAAUAAUAAUUAUAAUAUUAAUAAUAAUAAUUAUUAUUAUAAUAACACAAAAGAAUAUGCACAUACAUAUGUCACAAACGCGCGUUUUCGGCUCGUGUGAGAAAAAAAUAUAUCGAGAAAGAGU